CCAGCAAUUAAUGAUAAUAAAAGUUAAUGUUGUUGUGUGUAAAUGCAGCGCUUUAAACACGCGUAGUGCCACGUGUUAGCGCUCUACAAAUCCGACGCUGCAGACAGCAGGUACCUCAGCAGCGAGACGCCGUGGACACCACGAUGGGCCGGACCGGCCAGGGCGGCUGCGCCUGGGAUAUCUGCUCCAGGGGCGAUUCCUAAGGCAGAAGGAGAAGGACGCGGGCUAUGCAGUAUGCAGAGGAAGGUUCUCUUUAACGUGGUUCCUUAAAAGUAGUAUUUCCUCAUCAUGGAUGAGCUAUCACCUGAAGAAAUUCAGCUGAGGGCCAACCAGGUCACUGAUGAGUCUUUGGAAAGCACAAGGAGGAUUCUUGGCUUGGCCAUUGAGUCCCAGGAUGUUGGCAUCAAAACUAUUACCAUGCUGGAUGAGCAAGGAGAACAACUAAAUCGUAUAGAAGAAGGCAUGGACCAGAUAAAUAAGGACAUGAGAGAAGCUGAGAAGACACUGACAGAGCUGAACAAAUGUUGUGGGCUCUGUGUCUGUCCUUGUAACAGGACAAAGAACUUUGAGGCCAGCAAAGCAUACAGAGCAACCUGGGGAGAUGGAACAGAAAACUCAGCAGAUCAUGUGAUAUCCAUGCAACCAAGAAGUAUAAAUCGGCAGCAGCCUCAGACUUCUGGAGGACCAAGUGGUGGAUAUAUUACAAGGAUAACCAAUGAUGCCAGGGAAGAUGAAAUGGAUGAAAAUCUUGCUCAAGUUGGAAACAUUCUUGGGAAUUUGAAAAACAUGGCUUUGGAUAUGGGCAAUGAGAUUGAUGCCCAGAAUAAGCAAAUAGACCGGAUAAAUGUAAAGGCUGAUACAAACAGGGAACGCAUUGAGCAAGCGAACAUCAGAGCCAAGAAACUAAUUGAAAAUUAAAGCCUGCUGUCAUUGUUCAAUGACAGCCUCUCCAGCUGCAAGCCACCAUAUUCAUGGAUCUGUGAAACUUCUAUUCUGAAAUCAGAGGGGCUGGGAAAAAUGAAGCAGUACCCCUUCUGUAGGGAUUAGUUUUCUUUUAUUGCUUCAUGUAAACGUGGCCUUGACUCCAAGAAAGCAGCCAACUUCAUUUUACUCAUCUGCCUUCACUUUCUUUAAACUGCUCAGGGCUAAAAGCGUUAGGGCUUUGAGAAUCUUCCUGCAUGUUUUAUUCCUCUUCCCAGUUUCUUUAUAUUUUUUUUGAAAUAUUAUUUUCCUGCACCGAAAAUUCAGUCCUUUAUUUAAGUUGAACAAGCAGGGUAACCUGAAUUCACAGUUGUGGAAAGUUGGAAAGGGCACUUUGCACUGUUUGAAAUACCUCAUAAGUUGAGUGUCUUCACUAAAAUAGGGACUACGUGAACAUUGUCUGAUUUGUAUCUCUAGCAUCUAACCAUAGUUUUACAAUCCAAACCACGAUUGGUUUGGAGUUGAAUUUAUGGAUCACAGAAUUGAAGAGGCCCAUUACUUACCACUUGUGGGUUGAGGGCUUUAAAACACUUCCUAACCACACAAACUUUAAGGUAAUGGUAACCAGAGGGAUAUACAGGUUUCCAUUUCUUUACUGUAGAUUGACAUCGGUUUGGAGGCCAUGACUAAUCAUGCUGCAUUGUUCUGAUAAUAUUUGUUGUGUAUAUCUGAUCUAAACCCCAUGCACACAUGUAGGAGAAGAUAAAGCUGUCUCCCCAGGGUAUUUAUUUGAUGGAAAAUUUUACACCCCUUAUCUAAAAGUUAACAUUUAAGUGUUUGAAUGAUGCAUCUGAACUGGAAUAAACUGAGUAGAAAAGCAUGCAAUUUUCUUGCAUCCCAUAUCUCUCUCUUUUGGCCAGUUUUCACUGGAGUUCAGUUUAUGCCUUUCUCCAGUGCAAAAUAAUGAUUGAGAUCUGGUGCGGAGUUUGCCCUCAGCAGUGACUUUGGGGGUGCUUCUUAAACCUACCAAAACCAGAGAAGCGUAUUGUAAAACUACUUUGUCACAAGUCUGGAGGAAUAAGUAGCUAUUUAUGAGCUGUAUGCUAGUUCAAAAUAAACUAGUUCUAAAUAGAUUCCUGACUGGUUUAUUAUUGCAGACUUUGGGACUGGCAAUUGGAAAUAUUACAUAUCCAAGCUGCUUGCAAAUAAAAUGUUUUUCCUCUGUUGCAGAAUAGAGGAGUUUCUGACCAGAUGCGGUAAAGCACUCUCCUGAGAAGAAAAAUAGUUUAGUUUUACUGCAAUAUAAAAAGAUUUUCUUGAAGUCUUGAUAGUAAUUAAGUUGCAAGUGACUUAGAUUAUUUUAACUCCACCCAGCAAUAUAUUAUGCCUUUUUUAAAGUUGAAAAUGGUGCUUUGGACUAACCUUUGAUACUCAGUGUUUGGAUGACAAAAAUCUUCAAAUCAAACUGAUUGGAUGAAUAAUUAAAACUAAUAGCAUUAUGGGGUGCUUUUUUGAAAGACAGUCCACAACUACCCUGUAGCCACUAAUAUUGAAUCCCAGAGUCAGAGAUGACACUAAUCCACCAAAAUGCAAGACAGUGUUUAAGUGUUCUGUUUUCUUUUUAGUAAAACUACAGUCAGUGUUACCAGUAUCUUUUCAGUUGGCUGCCAGGACAACUUGAUAGUUAAAGCAAAAAGAACCAAAACCAACAACCACACGCACAAAAAAAAAAUAAUACACAAAUCCCACCAAACAAAAACCCAGCCAAACAAAAACCCCCAAAAAACUGACCAAAGGAUGGGGCAGCUGCAUGUAAAAAUAGGCCAGUGGCAGUUUGCCUUAUGUGAAUAAGGUAAAAUUAUUUUUAGGGGACUAGAUACUUGAGUAGUGUGGGUUGGCUCAUCUCUAGCUUCCGGUUAUUGUUGGCAUGCUAAUGAAUUUCAAAAGUUCACUAGCUACCCAAUCAGUACAUGAAGAUUAUGUGCCUAAAAAUGCAAGUAGCAAAGAAGUACUUUUAAGAACUUUUUAAUUGCAUAGUAAACUUUGAGAAGCCACCUGCAUAGGGAUUUCAUAUGCCCUUUUUUCCUUCGUAAAAACUUCAAAUUACUUUAAGGAAUAUUUGCUGCUAGUUGUGAAAGCAAAGUAUAUGUUACUUAAUUAUGAUUGUCUCCCGGAACAGAAGACUGAAGUGGUUACCUUAUUCUGCUUACACAGUGUACAAGCCUGCUCUGUACCAUUUGGACAUUCCAAACAUUGGAAUGUUUUUCUCCCUUGCCGUUGCAAGUCCGUGUUCUUGACUUGCCUGAGCUCUCACAAUAAAUGAGCAUGUUGGCUGAUAAAAUGCUGUGAUUGGUGUAUCAAAAUCGUAAUACUGUAAUGAAUACCACACAAGGAUACAAGUUAUGAGACUCGAGUACUAUCGGAGUACCAAUACUAUUUUCUGAUGCAGCAAGAGCCAAAUCUGUGAGGGAGUUGAUGCCUUUAUGUUAGUCAUAAACAGUUUGCUUCUUGGAUGUCUUACUGUUGUGUAUAGAAUAGAUGCUUAAUUUCCAUAUCUAUGGUAUGAAAUUGACACUUGUACAUCUUUGUAUGUCUGAAUGCUAUUAAGAAUGAAGGUUUACAGUUUCUGCUUUUGAUUGUUAAACUAUAUAUUGUGCACAAAAAUACAUACUUUUAUAACUGAA